AAAAAAAAAAAACAUACUCUUUUGUUUAUUAAGAACCCAAAAGAGAGAGAGAGAGAGAGAGAGAGAGAGAGGGGUUCAUCAUCGAUCAUGGCACAAUCCAAAGAAGCCAAAAACCAUCCUCUUCUCCUUCUCUCUCUACUCUUCAUAUUUAAUAUCUCUCCAUGUUUCUCUCUCAACAACAUCACAAACCUCCCUGGCUUUGAUGGGCCUCUCCCCUUCUACUUUGAAACUGGGUACGUGGAGGUGGAUGAGGUGAAGGGGGUGGAGCUGUUCUACUAUUUCAUAAAGUCCGAGGGGUUUCCCGCAAAAGAUCCACUCCUCCUUUGGCUCACUGGUGGGCCGGGGUGCUCUGCUUUCUCCGGCUUGGUCUUUGAGAUUGGUCCUUUGCAAUUUGAUGUUGCAGGCUACACAGAGGGCCUUCCAUCUUUGGUCUACAACCCACUCUCUUGGACUAAGGUCAGCAGCAUCAUCUUCCUUGAUUCCCCAGUAGAUGCAGGCUUCUCAUACGCAAAAAAGCAGGCAGGCUACGUAGCAGGAGACCUCAUAACUGCGCGCCAAAUCCUCGUCUUUCUUAAAAAAUGGUUGAGUGAUCACCCGGAGUUCAUCUCCAAUCCCCUCUACAUCGGCGGCGAUUCGUAUUCCGGCAUCACCGUGCCCGUGGCUUCGUCGGAAAUCGUUAAAAGUAAUCAUGCUAGUGAUGGGCUGAAGCUUAAUCUCAAGGGUUAUCUAGUCGGCAACGGAGCGACCGAUUAUCUCAAUUUCGAUGGUAACUCAAAGGUUCCAUUUGCUCAUGGCAUGGGGCUUAUAUCAGAUGAAAUGUAUGAGGCCGCGAAGAACACUUGUGGAGGGCAAUACUUACUUCCACCUAAUCCCGAAUGCGCGAAAAAUGUUGAAACUAUCAAUGAGUGUUUGCAAGGCAUAAAUGUAGUCCACAUUUUGGAGCCACUUUGCGGUUUCGCGAGCCCGAAGCGCGAUGUAAUUUCCGCAGAUAGAAAGAAGCCAAUAGGGUACAAUGAGGAAGAGUUCUCACUACUGAAACUGGGCCUUCCGGUGGAGUGUAGAGAUUCUGGAUACCGACUCUCGUAUGUGUGGGCGGACGACGGUGCUGUAAGAGAGGCUCUCGGCAUUCGUAAGGGAUCAAUAGGUUCCUGGAUGAGAUGUAACUAUUCCCAAAACUACGCGAACGAUUUCACGAGUGUUAUCGAACUCCAUCGGAAUCUUACUGCUCAAGGAUACCAAGCUCUCAUAUACAGCGGUGAUCACGACAUGGAUAUGCCGUUCGUGGGCACAGAAGCGUGGGUAAGAUCUCUCGGUUUCCCCAUUGUUGAUGACUGGCGGUCUUGGUGGGUUGAUGGACAAGUUGCGGGGUACACAAGGACUUACUCCAACAACUUCACAUUUGCCACUGUAAAAGGUGCAGGACACACAGCUCCAGAAUACAAGCCAAAGGAGUGCCUAGCAAUGGUCCAAAGGUGGUUUUCCAGUCUCCCUCUCUGAUGUCGGCGGAGACGAUGGCCGCAGAAGCGCCAUUUACAAACCUGGAUGUAGAAACUUAUACACAGCCUGGAUGUACACAGCUAGAAAUGAGAAUAUGAUACCACUAAAUUUUACAUUUGAGUUGGGUGUGAGCACCAACCAAUUGAAUGCUACACUUUUGCAGGUUCAGAUAGAAAUAAGUUCCUGUAUCUAUACAGUUUCAGGAAGCAGAAAAGAAAAAUAACCAUUACGGCAGCAGUUGGAUAACUUAUGCUUUUUACUUUAUCAAAAAGUUAAAAAAGUUGGCUGAUGAGUUCAGAAACUUGAGAUCAGCAUUGA